UUCGGACGCCGUAGCGGCUGUGGUGGAGUGACGCAGAGUUCGGCAACGAUGAUCGAAGUCGUCUGCAACGACCGUCUGGGCAAGAAAGUGCGGGUAAAAUGCAAUACCGAGGAUUCCAUCCGCGAUUUGAAGAAGCUGAUCGCGGCACAGACAGGGACCCGCUGGGACAAAAUCGUCCUCAAGAAGUGGUACACCAUCUUCAAGGAUCACGUCACACUGGGCGACUAUGAGAUCCACGAUGGCAUGAACCUGGAGCUCUACUACCAGUAGCGGCUGCCAUCCCUUCCCGGUUUCCCCCCCCCGGUGCUCUCCUUUUUUUUUUUUCCCGUGGGAUCCCCCGCCUAAUCCCGGUUCCCCCCUCCUCCCCUCCCCGGUAUGGCUGAGCUGGAGCCAUGUUGAAGCUCUAAACGUGCUGUAGUUACCCUGGAGUGUUUAAGUGGUUUAUAAUAAACGUGUCUCUCGA